AUUAGUGUAACAUACCUCAGUGAGAGAUGAUUAAAAUCCUGAUCUUUCUCAUCUUUACUCCUCAGCUCACUUCAGCAGCGACUCAUUCUCUACGGUACAUCUCCACUGCAGUCACCUGGGGAACUCCAUUCCCAGAAUAUACUGUGUUGGGUCUAUUGGACGGGUGGCCAUUUGAGUUGUACGACAGCAACAUUAGAAAAGUGACCCCAAAGACAGAAUGGAUACAGAGGAAUGCUGGGGCGGAUUUCUGGAGCAGGGAGAGCGAUGCGUUUAAGGAUGAGCAGGAGUGGAGUUUAGCUAAUAUGGCUAAGACUAUGAUGCGACACAACACUACAAAUGGAAUUCACACAUGGCAGUGGGCAUAUGGCUGCGAUCUAGAUGAUAAUGGCACCACCACAGGCUACAGCGGCUUUGCUUAUGAUGGACAGGAUUACAUCAGACUGGAUCUUAAAACUGGGACCUUCACUGCUUACAUUAACUCUUUCCUCCUUAACUGGAGUGAAGAGGUGGCUGCUCACUGUAAACUCUACCUGCAGACUGAAUGUGUUGAGGAUUUGAAAAGUCUUGUGCGUUACAGCCAAGACACUCUGAAGAAAGGUCGUCCUGAGGUGUCUGUGUUCCAGAAGGACUAUUCUUCUCCAGUGGUGUGUCACGCUACAGGAUUCUUCCCCAAAGCAGUGAUGAUCUCCUGGCAGAAGAACGGAGAGGAUCUGAAUGAGGACGUGGAGCUCAGACAGACGCUGCCUAACCAGGAUGGAACCUUCCAGAAGAGAAGCAUUCUGACCGUCUCACCUGAGGAGCUGAAGAACAAUAACUACACCUGUGUAGUUCAGCAUGAGGGAAUGGAGAAGGAGAUAGUCCUACAGGUGUCUGACUGUAGAGUCCUGCUAGAUAGAGGGUCAGUGGGUGUCAUUAUUGGUGUGGUUCUGGCUGUUCUUCUGCUUGUCAUCCUCCUGGGCUUUGCUGGAGUUUUAAUGUGGAAGAAAAGGAAGAAGAACUCUGGUAAGUGAAGAGAAAUGCUGAUA